AUGCGCCAAUGGGGGUCGUCGCUGCAUCAUAAUGGCAUGUCCUUCUUUCUGGCCACCGUGCCCAAAGGAACGCAACUGUACCACGGAAAUUCCUCCCCAGACCCAGUGAACGGAACAGAAUGGUUAGCCUUCGAGCCUGAACAUGCUAUGGUCUUCGCAAGACCCCAUCAUGGCCCUCCUCCAGGCAAAGGUCCACACAAGCGGUCCCAACUGCCGCUCAAGUUGGGGCCCAAGGAAUCAGGAGAAGGCCAGGAUAAGGAUCAGGAUAAGCCAGGAUUUCUCCAUACAUACACGGCCGCAAAGGACUUGCGACUAUUGUACCUCGAUGGAAUGUCGGCUGCCAAAACAGAAAACGGAACACUCGACUCUCAGGAUCGGAUCUUGCUUCGCGAUGCACUCGAGGGCAGGCCUGGGAUGCUGGAAGGCGAACGGGCGGAACUGAUUUGCCGCAUGGCUCGGGACAAUUACCAAGGCCGUCUGGAUGGUGUCAUCCGUAUGGAGGCCGGGUUUGAGAUAAUUCUUUGUGAUUUCGCUAGGGACCUCAAUGAGAUUCGGGUCAGUCAAGUGAAGUCUGAUAGAAUGGGUCCUGGCCCGCGUGGUGGUAAGGGCAAGGGCGGCCCUGAUGGGGGCAUGCUCUGGUACAAAGCCAUCGCAGCACGGUACAAUGGAAUUGGGAGCAACAGGGUUAUCCUCAACUAUGACAACUUUGUCACAGCGUACGUCUACGGCUUGGAUUUGUUUCGUUCGUCGGGUAGUAACAGCAACUUACUGCCGCGACUGAAUCAUCUCUUUGCCGACGAGCUGGGUCCGAUUCGGAACGAUCUGGACCAUCUCAUUUUGAACCAAGAUCCCAGCGAUGCCUCAUUUAACUGGCAAGGAGUUGCAGAUAUGGUGGUGCAGCGAUACGCGCAUGAGCUGAGGUACCUGGCCUCUGGACAGCUCUCAACGCUACAGGCGCUUCACGAGGAAAUUGAAAACAGCCUCGGUCCUUUCGUCGACUAUAGCGAUCGCAAUGCAGCUCUGGAGGCCGACAGAUGCAGUAUGCAGUUUGUACCUGCAGGGGCUCCCUCAGGUGGACUAGCCAGCGGUGCCGUCCGAUCCGUUACUCGCAGUAUCUGUUCGACGAUGAUCGAGGCCUGGAAUCAAACAGACUACGACACAGCGGUCGCUCAACUUCAGAGUUUGAUUGAUUACUUGUCCUGGACCACAUGGAAGGAAUGUAAGGGAUGUGCCGACAACGAAGUUUGCGUGAUUCCGAUUUGGCCGAUGGGAACCGUAGAGGACUACGAGCACCCGCAGUGUCGAGAUGCGUCGAGACCGAAUGGCCAGGGGCGACGCUACUGGGGUGGUAGACCCGGAGGUCCCGGAGGACCUGGAGGCCCAGAAGGUCCAGAUGGAUUCCGACACUCAAGUUGGCUACAAAGAAUACUACACUACCUGCAGGAGAUAAUUCGAUAA